CUGCUUGUGACCUUCAGAGAGGAUUGCGCGUGCCUUCAAAUUUUUUCAACAGUGCGUCUGACCUUGGGUGAGUGUUCACUAUUAUGUAUCUUAGAUCAUUCUGAUUACUGGAUACGACAUUUUUUUAAACUCUCGACUUUUAUGCGAAGAAAAUACUGUCUCUUGUGGACAACCGAAUGUUUACAGUUGUCAUGAAAAUUCAGCAUGCAUUAAUUAUCAUUAAAUCUUACUUUUUCGUUCAGUUGUCAGAAUUUCGUGACAUCCAUCAACAUACAUCGAUCAGUUCCACAUGCAUCAUUUCCCAUAUGUAGUAAGGUGUGUUUAUUCAAACUCUAUUAUCAGAUAAGUGGUUAGCCGUCGUAAACUGAACUUUCUGGUCCACUAGGUAGUUUGUGCAACACUUUUGUAUCAUGAGCACAGCGCAUACUUUUAACGUUUGUUACCACUGUAGACAGCCUUUACAUCAGAGUAGCUCAGCAAUGCCUGUUACGAUUUACUGGACACCAUGCAAAUUUGAAUAUGCAUAUUGAUGCGUUUUCCGGGUUUAGGCUCAUAGUAGUUUUCUUAUAUUUUUUUUCUUACAGACUUGUAACUCACGAGAGUAACCACCAUCACUCGCCAAUCUAUUAUUUAAUUUAAAUAAAUUUAAUACAAUAUGCAUGGGAGAGUUAAAAUUAUACAGACAGCUGAACAAGAACGAGCGAAAAAGCUAAAAAAGGAACAAAUAAGUAAAGAAUUUUCAGAAGAAUGUGAGAAGCUCUGGUUGUGUCGUGAAAAAGAUGACUUCGAUGAAGUGCAUUUGGAAGAAAUUGGUUCCCUUAUUGAGACAUCUCCAGACACAGCAACCCUGUGGAAUUAUAGACGCGAAAUAAUAAUGCAUCUCAUUCGGAAUUUUUCUGAGGAUCAAGAAAAGGCUUCAAAGUUAUUUGAAUCUGAAUUGAACCUUACAACUCGCUGUUUAUAUAGCUCGCCGAAAUCUUAUACUGUUUGGUAUCACCGAUCUUGGGUUAUGAACAAUCACACUUCUCCGAAUUGGGAAUCUGAAUUGAAGCUUUGUAACCAAGCCCUAACACAGGAUGAAAGAAAUUUCCACUGUUGGGAUUACCGCCGCUUUGUCGUUUCCAAGGGUAGUAUUUCAACGGAGUUAGAGCUGGAGUUUACAGACUCUGCCAUAGGAAAAAAUAUGAGCAAUUAUUCAGCUUGGCACUAUCGUGGUGAACUUUUAGCUUCUGCGUCUAACGCUUCUGUAUCAUCGUCCGAAAGUCUUAAUCCUCAGACUCAGUUGAAUAAAAAACAAAGCCAAUCUCGGUUUGAUUUUUCAUUACCAAGUGGCGAACUGGAUCUUGUUCACAAUGCAAUAUUCACAGAUCCCGCUGAUCAGAGUCCUUGGUUCUAUUAUUGGUGGUUAUUGGGUCGCGGAGAAAGAAAGGUUUAUUUAAGGGAACUGUAUAUUUCACGGAAGCUGGGAAGAUUUGUUCUUGUUUUCAGCUCUGUGAAAUUGAUGCAAACUUUAAAAGAUUUGCAGGUUUCCAUAAAAGUGUUUCCAUGUGACGGUACAAUUUCUAAUUCUAUAACUUUAACACCUGAGCUUCUUGGGGGAUGGAACUCUGUCCUAGAUGGGCAGUUAUCAGCUGUUUGGUGGUUGCCGCUUAACCAAGAUUUAGUAUCUCGUUACGCUCCUGAUAAUGAUAGGCACCUAUAUCAGUGUCAACCUUGGAAUGUUGUAGCCCAAGUCUGGAUUAGAAAAGCUAAUGGCGAUGGAAACCAGGAAAUCUGUGUUAAUAUGCCUGAAGGUUCUGCAAACUACUUGUCCCUUCAGUGUUGUAUGGAUUCUCAUCAAAAUGAAUCACUGACACGCGUCACUCUAGACCCUCUAAGAUUGUUAAAUCCUAUGAUUUUGCCCUCACAUGAUCCAAAAGAUUUGGUUGGGGAACUGAAUAUUGUUCGUGACCUGCUGUCAUUUGAACCGAAAAACAAAUGGGCUUUGUUGACGCUUGUCAGCCUUCUUCGCUUUAUUCGACCGCAUAAUUUUCAUGAAGAGGUAAAAGAAGCGUUAAACGUGUUAGUGUCAGUUGAUCCUCAGCGUUCUUUUUAUUAUGAGCACUUGCGAUCUUUGUAUGCAGCCCUAGAUGUUCUGGCUCAUGCAUAUGAAGACCAGUCCAGGGAAGUGGUGUUACAUAAUCUGGAUAUGAGUUGCUUUCGUAAUCUUGAUUGGUAUGCGUUGAUGACCAAAAUCGAUUUUUCUAAUAACUCAAUCGUACGAAUCCCGGAUACUUUCUCUUAUUUAAUCUCCGUUUUGGAACUGAAUUUAGAUGAUAACCAGUUAAUAACUCUUUGUGGGAUUUCCCGUCUUCCGUCUCUAACCAACCUUUCUGUCCAACGCAAUCGACUGUGUACUUUCGAAUCGAUUGAAGACCUAGUUUAUUGCCCUAGUUUGCGCGUAGUGUAUAUAAAUGGAAAUGAAGUAAUCAAGUUACCCCAGUUGAGUAAUUUGAUAUCAAAACAUCCAGGGUUUCAAAGACAGGGAGAUUCAUUUUCUUUGGUGUACGAUAAAACAUUUCACCAUUAACAUCACAAUUUUGUACAAAAUAUUUAGAUUUACUAGCAUAAUUUUGAUAUUUUUAACUCGUGAUAUUCCACAGUUUUUCAUAUGUAAAUUUCCAUAUUUCUGCAUUAAAUAUAUACAACACUUUAAUACCAAGAACCAAGUAUGAAGUAUAUUUAUUUCAUUUAGAUGGAGGUAAAAUUAUGUUUUUGUGUUCUGUGGGUUAGAUUUCGCAUCUUGCUUAGAAAUUGGCAUGUCUUUUAAUAUAGGUAACCACUCGUUAGUUAUUAAAUCCACUUUUUCAGCUAUGAAGGAAAGUGGUCUAGUUAGUAUUAACUGAACACUUAUGUUCCAACGUCUAAAACAUUUGUUCUCGAACAGCCCGACCAUAUGCUCUUGCCUCGUUGCUCACCAGUCCCAGAUUUGGAGCACAAAGUGGUUCACUCAAUUACAUAAGAAUUACUCAUUCACCGUCUGUACUCAUCAAGUAACUGAAUAGCUUCACAGAGUCCACUUGAAUAAAAAGUAGCUUAACUGGGGAUGAGUCUCACUAAGUGUGAGGGCUGAUUAUGCUACUUGGUUGCCCAAACUGAAGUGGAUUGAGUGAGUUUCGAACCUGUAACUUAUUGGCUGAAAGUUGAACGCUUUCACUCCUAAGCCACCUCAAUAUAUAAUGACUACCUACUUUGGGCACUUUUGUCAGAACCUAAUACUUCUAUUUCGGCAUUAUGUUGACGAAAUUAGUCCUCUUAACGUCUGAUUCUGUUUUUCUAGUAGGAUAGUAUCUUGUUUAAAGGACCAUAAUCUCUCAAUCACUAUUUUCUGCUUGUCGUUCCCGAUUUACUUUAAUUCCUACAGAUAAGGAGAAUUCAAACACUUGUCACAGUCAGACAUUUGGCUUUUGCGUAUAAUGGUUGACAUUAAACUUUGGGUUAUCAUACCAAAAAUGGUCAGCCAAAUCAACAUCCCAAGACGAUUUCCCUUUUAUACGUAAAUGGUUAUUAAGAGUUAAACAUGGUCGUGUUCCCUUUUUCCCGUUCAUAUGAGAGCAGUUCCCCCAAUUGAGUUUUGACUCGUUCAAAAAGUCGAAAAUCUGGAAUAGCCAUGACCCAGUUCCUUCACUUGAGUGAUAUAACCUAGGGUGGUUUUUCAGAGAUUUACUUGUGUUCAAAUGCAUAAACUGGAUUAGUGAGCUUUUUGGGAUCAUUUUUGGAAUAAAACGUGAAAAUCAAAGCUCUUUUAGUCUGUCAUCGAUUUCCGCGAUUGAUUUUGAACGAAGUGUUAACGAGGUUUUUAAAUAUUCAUUGGUUAUACACGGGAUUCUUUUAAAAAAAUCAGUUGUACUGCUAUUGGGCUAAACAGUUUCUUUAGUAUUUGAGUGGUUUAUGAAGUUAUUUUCCACAUAUUAUUAACUACUAUAUUAUUUACUUUAUAAGGAUCACAAGCCAAUUUAAAACGCUUUUUGAUAAUGUGUGCCAGUUUAUUUGGCACUUUGUAAUUGUAAAGAAAAUAAAGAAAUAAAUCCAAUGAAUACAUUUUAGUGUUUUUAAUACUGAUGCAUAUCUCUCAUGAUCUCCAACAACUGUUUUUUGUUCAGGCUGAUAGUAACUUAGUCGACUUGUGAAGUGUAUUAAUUUGGUCAUCUUUGUAUUAUUACAAACUACAACCAGCCUCGCAUUAAGGUGCAUCUAAAAUGAGUGGUGAUCUGGAAGGUUGUUGUAGAUAUAGUACGAGCAAAGCUGGUAUGGAAGGUUUAGAUAAAGCCACAAUUAUGAAUAUUAUAUUAGAGAAUUCCAAAGGGUCAAAGUUUUAUGAAAAUGAACUGAGGCGGGAAAAAGCUCUUCGUCAACAAAUUGAACAAAAGCUUAAAGUUAUAAAAUCACUUACACCGGCGAUGUUAAAAAGUGGUGAAUUAGAAGCAGAUCACAUACUGAAAGAUUUAGGGCAGAAACGACGUUUUUCUCGAAUCAUUGUGCAUGUGGAUAUGGAUGCAUUUUAUGCAGCUGUUGAAAUACGUGAUCAACCCGAACUUAGACAUCAUCCAGUUGCUGUCGGUAGUAACAGUAUGCUAUCUACAAGCAAUUAUAUCGCUCGACGAUUUGGCGUACGCGCUGGUCUACCUGGAUUCUUAGGCAAAAAACUUUGUCCUCAAUUGAAAAUUAUACCGUGUGAUUUUGUAAAGUAUACUGCAGCUAGUCGUGUAGUACGAUCUAUUUUAAUGGAAUACAGUGUUUCUGCUGGGAGUGCACGAAAUUCCUGUGAAUCAGAUAAUAUUCCAUUUUCGGCGGUCAGUUUAGAUGAAGCGUAUCUAGAUAUAACAGAUCAUUUGGUAGACCGUUCUGAUUUUCCUGUUGAACGACGUACAUUUUGGCCUAGACCAGCACCUGGAGCACCUAUGUUGGUUUGUCGUUGUCGGUCACGUUCUAAACAUCCACAAUCUCAUCAUUUGAAUAGUAGCUGCACUGAUAACCAAUCCGAAAUUCUUAUAGAUGAUAAUUCUGAGAGUAAUUCUAAUUCUUGUCAAGAAACAGAUAAAUCAUCUGAUAAGCUAUCUGUACGUAUAAUAAAACCGAAAUACUCUGAUCCUGACCUAGAUGUAUGCAUUGAAUGUGGAUUACUUUGUAAAUCUGGUCGUCGAAUAUUUGGUUUAUCAGCUUGGGAAGCUGUUCGAGAAAUGCGAUUUCGUGUUUUUUGUGCCACCCGUCUUACGUGUAGUGCUGGUCUUGGUCCGAAUACACUGAUUGCAAAAAUCGCCUCCGAUUGGAUAAAACCAUGUGGGCAACAUGAAAUCGCUAAUACAUUAGAAGCUGUCGAUAAAUUUAUGCAAACUAUGCCUGUGAGAAAAGUUCCAGGGAUUGGACAUGUUACAGAACGUCGACUAGAUGCUUUUGGAAUUAAAACAUGUGCUGAUUUAAUUGAUAAACGUGGUUUACUCUGGCAUGUAAGCACUAAAGUAUCAAUGGUUUACUACAUGCGUAUUGCAUUAGGACAUUCUGAUGAUCGUUGGUUAAUUAAUGUAAAAAAUCAUUUUGAUGAGAAGUCAAAUAAACCUUUUGGAUUUAUUGAUAAUGAUUCAGAAAAUAUCGUUCCUUCUGCACAAGGUCAAGUAGAAUUGAAUAGAAAGAGUAUGAGUGUAGAAAGAACAUUUUCAGAUACAUCCGAUGAAAAUGAAUUGAUGCAUCGUUGUGAACAACUUGCUCAAAUGUUAUCAACUGAUUUAAAAGAGGAACAUGUCAAAGGUCAGUUAAUCACACUUAAAAUGAAAUUAGAUACAUUUGAAAUUCGAACAAGAUCACAACUCCUACCAGAUUACACUAAUCAUACAGAGAUUAUCAAUUCAUUCGGUCGUGAAUUAUUGCGUGAAGAAAUGGUAGCGUUUAAAUCGAAUACAGCUUUGAAUAAACCACUUACUUUACGUCUUAUGGGCUUACGCAUGUCCAACUUAUUACCAGUGGAAAUGUGUCCACAAAUUCGUCAACGUAGUGUUGAGGAAGCUUUUAUGUUUGCAAUAACAAGCAAUAAUACUAGUCCUGAAAAAAAUCCCAGUACAAUCUCUAAAAUUCUGUUACACACUGAAACAUCUAUUAAAUCGCAUAACAUGAUAUCUUCACCUAAAUCAGUUGAAUCAACAAAAAAUAGACUGAAAAAGUUAACAAAGUCUAGUCAAAAAAAUGAUAGAAAGAAAAUGGUCGGUUGUAAUUCUUCUUCAUUGAUUACACAAUGGACUAAAUCUUCUUCAUUAACUAGAGAUAAUGAAGUUAGUUCACCAUCUUCAUCCAUCUCAUUAAAUUUAUCGCUUGAACCGUCAUUAUCAUUGUUAGCAUCAGCUUCAUCUUCUAAUAACAGCACUGGUUACUUUUUUACAUGUCCUGUCUGUGAUAAAGAUUUUCAAUUUUCUUCAGAAGAUAAGUUCAAUUAUCAUUUGGAUGAGUGUUUAAAUAGAUCAACUAUUUUAGAAGUAGUCAAAGAGACUUUGACUGAUAGAGAUUAUUGUUCAACUACUAUAUCACAGUCUAAUCACUUGAAUUCAUCAUCACAUGAUAUUGGUAUUCGAAAGGCGAAAUCGCAAAAACUUGAAGUUAAACAAUCCAAAAACAGUAACAUAUCAACAACGAAGACCAUGACGGCGACAACAACAACUUCUCAUGGACCUCUUGAUAAAUUUAUAUUUAAUUCAUCUACUGUACAUUUUGAUCAAAAUUAUAUAUGGAAUUCCUAAAAUAGAAAACCAAUUACUACUUAUUCAUUGUAAUUAUGAUUAUUUGAAUAGUUUCAAUCGUUGAAAUAUUUUACAAACUCUAUAUUAUAUUUCUUAUUGUCGUCUUCCAUGAACUAUGCGUUAAACCAACUGUGAAAUAGUUCGUUUAAAUUUUGAAGUUAAGAUUAAGAUAAACCCUGAGUCUCUUUUAUUUAUCAUCCUGCAUUUACAGUCAUUUUUCAUAUUUGAUUUUAUUCAUAUUUUUGUUCAUAAUGAACUAUAGUCUUUGUUUUGUUUCUUCUUUUGAUACUAAGGCGAUAGAAAGUCAUCAAUAAUUUCUACUGAUUACAUUUCUAUUUUUAUAUUAUUUACCAACGAUAUUUAUGUAUAUAACAUUUUAUCAUAAAUUUACAAAUACAGUUCCCUACUGAUCUGGUUCAUAUUUAUACAUAUACUGAUAUUCAGUUAGUCAGCUACAACGUAGGACCAAGCACAUAUAUGCAUCGGUCCAAGUUCCUAUACCAUAUUAGCACAGCAAGAUGAACACCGGAUUCAUAGGAGUAGUUAAGUCAAUGGUGGUAAUAUAUAAAAGGAAGAUUGCAU